CAUUCUCACAUGUCACACAAAAGUCUUCAAAUUGCAGCGUGCGUUUCUUUGCGUACUUCCUAGUUCCUAGUUACUCAUGCUUUGCUCGUUCACUGCCUCGGAAACUGUUAACUCUCUCUCCUAAAGUGCUUUCAAUUACAGUCUUAGAGUGCGUGUCUGAAUCUUAUUUACCUUAACCUCUUCACUUCUUUAUUAGUACUACAUCACUUUAAUGUAACUGCAAUCUUUUUUUCUUGUCAAAAGAAAAAGCUUUUUUGAUAACAUUUCUCUUUCCAUUUAAUGUCCAACUUGUCACAAGUAUUCUGAACCAUUCCCAUCAUGGUUUCAGUCAUGGAAUUUCGUUAAUCUUGCCACAUAAACCCAUCUGAGUCUAGCUCUGUUUGUGUUCUGUCUCAAGCGUUUGUGAGUUGUAACUAAUGCAGCUUGCAAUGAUGGGUUUCCGUUAAUUUGUUUGUAUUGUUCUCAAAGGCUAUACCUUUAGAACUUAAAUUUCAGUUUGAAUGUAACAAGUGUGUCAAACUGCCAUGUAACCGGAACGUUUCAGUUGGGGUUGCUCACGUUUGUUCUCUCAGAAUGAUGAUUAUAUGGAAGGUUUCUGUGGUAAGAAAGUGAAAGAGUUUUUUUUUGGAUCUUGGCUUUGUCAUGGUUGAACUCUACUCUUCAUUUUCAGCUUAUAAGAGUGUUUGUUUUUCUGGCUUGGUAACUGAAAACAAAAUUCUCUUAUACUCUUGAAUUCCACCUACCCGGGAGUUUUUUUCAUUCUUUUGCUAACUUAACUCAUUCUUUGGUCAUUCAUAACAAUAUAUCUAAAACAUUUUCGUUGUAAUUACAAAUGUGAAUUCAUCGUCCGGAUUCGUUUAUUCGUUUUCUGGCCUGAUGUGCUUCUACAUCCAAAAGAUGGACAUCCAUUUUUUCCUGCUGUCCUAUUUAGGAAGAUUAAGGCAUGUAGGUUUAUCUUCUCCCUGCUCAAAGUUUGGUUAUGGAUACUUUAACUAAGCAACUUUAAUCAUAAUUUUCCUCUAGAGUCCCUUGAAGUGAUUCACCAUCUUCCAUUCAUAUCUUCUGCUCCAUUUUUCUAUAAACAAAAACUUAGACCAGUAUUCAUCCCUUGAUAUUCUAAUACCUUCAUGGAAGAAACAUUUGUUCCCUUACGUGGGAUCAAGAAUGACCUCAAAGGAAGACUUGUGUGCUACAAACAAGAUUGGACUAGUGGAUUCCGGGCAGGCAUCAGGAUCCUGGCCCCAACUACAUAUAUAUUUUUUGCUUCAGCAAUUCCAGUUAUCUCUUUUGGGGAGCAACUAGAGAGAAAUACAGAUGGAACUCUAACUGCAGUGCAGACCCUUGCAUCAACCGCACUAUGUGGCAUUAUCCAUUCAGUCUUAGGAGGGCAGCCCCUCCUCAUACUAGGCGUAGCCGAGCCAACAGUUCUGAUGUAUACAUUCCUGUAUGACUUCGCAAAAGGUAGAAAGGAUUUGGGGCACAAACUAUUCCUGCCUUGGACUGGAUGGGUGUGUGUUUGGACCGCCGUGUUGCUCUUCUUGCUGGCCAUUCUUGGUGCAUGCUCCAUAAUCAACAGAUUCACACGCCUUGCAGGUGAACUAUUUGGUCUGCUAAUAGCAAUGCUCUUUAUGCAGCAGGCUAUAAGGGGACUAGUGGAAGAGUUUGGUGUGCCCCAGUCCCAGAGAGAAGGUACCAAUCAGAUUGCACUCCAAUCCUCUUGGCUGUUUGGCAAUGGAAUGUUUGCUUUGGUUUUGUCAUUUGGCCUGCUGUUUACUGCACUUAGAAGCCGUAAGGCUAGAUCCUGGCGAUAUGGGGCAGGAUGGUUGCGGGGAUUUGUAGCUGAUUAUGGAGUCCCACUAUUGAUUCUUGUGUGGACUGCUGUGUCUUAUAUACCAACCAAUAAGGUUCCGAUGGGAAUCCCUAGGCGACUUUUCAGUCCAAAUCCAUGGUCUCCUGGUGCACACUCAAAUUGGACUGUAAUUAAGGAAAUGUUGAAUGUGCCUCUCAUCUAUAUUAUUGGAGCAUUUAUACCGGCAACUAUGAUUGCCGUGCUUUACUACUUUGAUCACAGUGUUGCAUCACAACUUGCCCAGCAGAAGGAGUUCAAUCUAAGAAAACCCUCUUCUUAUCAUUAUGACCUUCUCCUCUUGGGCUUCUUGACCAUAUUGUGUGGACUUAUUGGAAUCCCUCCAUCCAACGGCGUGAUUCCCCAAUCUCCAAUGCAUACUAAAAGCUUAGCUACUCUAAAACAUCAGCUCUUGCGCAAUAAGCUUGUAUCUGUUGCACGAAAAAGCAAGCAGAAAAAUACGAACCUGUGUCAGUUAUACCGAAGUAUGCAAGAAGCAUAUGAUCAAAUGCAGACUCCAUUAGCCCGCCAAAUACCACCUGCCUUGGGGCUAAAGGAGCUGAAGGAAUCCACCAUCCAACUGGCUUCAAGUCAUGGAUACAUUGAUUCCCCUGUUGAUGAGACUGUUUUCGAUGUGGAUAACGAUGUUGAUGACCUUCUGCCAGUUGAAGUUAAAGAACAGCGCCUCAGCAAUCUGCUGCAGGCAUUGAUGGUUGCGGCUUGUGUUGCUGCUAUGCCUCUUUUGAAGAAGAUACCAACUUCAGUGCUUUGGGGUUACUUUGCUUUUAUGGCAAUUGAAAGCUUGCCCGGAAAUCAGUUUUGGGAGAGAAUAUUAUAUCUUUUCACUGCUCCAAGUCGAAGAUACAAAGUGCUGGAGAAACAGCAUGCAGCCUUAAUUGAGACCGUGCCCUUCAAAACGGUUGCCAUGUUUACCUUAUUCCAGACAGCUUACUUGCUUCUCUGCUUUGGUCUAACCUGGAUACCAAUUGCUGGGGUCCUUUUCCCAUUGUUAAUCAUGCUUCUUAUCCCAGUACGCCAAUAUUUCCUUCCCAAGUUUUUUAAAGGAGCCCAUCUUCAAGAAUUGGAUGCUGCAGCAUACGAGGAAGCACCUGCUAUUAGUUUCAACUUGUCAUUCGAUGAUUCAGGAAGUCAGACAACAACAGUCAAUAAUAAUAGUGGGGAAAUUCUUGACGAAAUUAUUACAAGGAGUCGUGGGGAGAUCUGCCUCAAUCAAAAAUCAAGGUGUUCAACUCCAAAAUCAUGUGAAGACACUGUACCUGCUUAUGGAAAUAUCUCAAAGGAUUCACAGCUCUCGAGUAACUAAAUUCAGAAGGAAAAGCAGCCUAGGAUCAAAUCAUGAUCAUGGAGGCGAUCAAGUUCAAGAAGAGUGCUAGUCCACAGCCAAAAUUUCUUGGACAAUAUUCCAAUGGCUUACCUUCAAGCUAAUAUGGCAUCCUUAAGUCUGAUGAAAAUAGUUUUAAGUAGUUCACUAGAGGUCGUGAACUUGGUUUAUGUAACAGAAGUCAUUUUAUAGAUGUUUUUGUCUUUGACUCUUCUUCCUUUCAAUAUUUAACCAUAUUGAUUACAUACCUUAAUACAAAAUGAGCAGGGGUAUUUUCAAGUUCAUGGAUAGAUGGCAUUGAAUCUAACUGUCUUAGGUUUAUUUAUGUGUAGUUUAUAUGUAAUGAACCGCAAAAAAAAAAAAAAAAAA